ACAUCAUGGAGAAUCCAGAAUCUAGUACAAGGGCAGGCCAAGAGGCGCCUGAUUCUUGCUUCCAUCCAGCUACUAAAACACACAGAUUUAUAGGCCUUGUGUUAAUGUGUUUUCUUUGUUUUGGUUCAUAUUUCUGUUAUGACACACCAGGAGCACUCGCUGAUAACUUCAAAAGUGACUCACACUUGAACACAUCACAGUUUGCCUUGCUAUACUCUAUAUACUCAUGGCCAAAUGUAAUAUUAUGCUUUAUUGGUGGUUAUCUUGUUGAUAGAUGUUUUGGUGUGAGAUUAGGAACAAUAAUAUACAUGACCAUUGUAUUUAUUGGGGCAGUUGUGUUUGCAUUUGGAGUUUACAUUAACGCUUACUGGUUAAUGAUACUUGGCAGAUUUAUAUUUGGUAUCGGUGGGGAGUCGUUGCAAGUGGCGGUGAACAACUAUGUGGUGGUGUGGUUCAGCGGCAAGGAGCUCAACAUGGUGUUCGGGCUCCAGCUGUCGGUGUCGCGGCUCGGCAGCACGGUCAACUUCUGGGUCAUGGAGUCCAUAUACCGAUGGGUGGCCAACUACUAUGGAGGCUACGAAAAGCUUGGCGUGGCCUUAUUCAUAGCAUCACUAACGUGUCUGGGCUCGCUGGUUUGCGCGCUGCUGCUGGGCUGGAUGGAUCUCCGAGCGGAGAAGGCGCUGCGGCGACAGGAGGCGCAAGCUAAGCCGGACCAACCCUUCCAUCUCAAAGAUAUAUUGAAAUUCAAAACAGUUUUCUGGCUCCUGGCUGUUAUUUGCGUCGCCUAUUAUUUGGCGAUUUUUCCCUUCAUCGCUCUGGGAAAAUUGUUCUUUGAACGCAAAUUCGACUUUAUGCCACAAGAAGCGAACACAGUGAACUCGAUGGUGUACUUGCUGUCGGCGGCGCUUAGCCCCUUCUUCGGCAUCCUCAUCGACAAGACCGGGCGCAACGUGACGUGGAUCAUACUCAGCAUCGUCGCCACCGUCGGCUCGCACUUCCUACUCGCGUUCACGUUCGUUAAUCCUUACGUUGGAGUGAUAUCGCUCGGGAUAUCCUACUCUUUGCUCGCCGCCGGUUUGUGGCCGCUUAUUGCGAUGGUCGUUCCGGAGAGUCAAAUGGGCACUGCAUAUGGAAUAUGUCAAGCCGUACAAAAUCUGGGAUUAGCUGUAACUAUAAUAUUUGCCGGAAUAAUAGUUGAUAACUAUGGAUACUUCAUGCUAGAAUUGUUCUUCCUUGGAUGUUUAUUUGCGUCGUUGAUAGCGGCCGUGCUGAUUUACAUCCUGGACUCGGCGGAGGAGGGAGUGCUCAACCUGUCGCCCGGCGCGAGGGAGGCCCUUGUCAAAACGAGAGUCAGUACAGAGGAAACGGCGAACUUACUCGAUAAUGCUGAAAGUUCUGAUCAAGAGGAGACAGACUCAGGACCUUCUCGAAGAAACCCCGAUCCUGAGGCGCUGGAGCAGAGCGCGGGCGCGUCGCGCGACCCUGCGCAGGAGCAGGCCGACCGGAUACGCAGUCGAUACUUCUCACACCUCCUGCCCACUACUCUCCUGCCAGAAAGACCUUAGACGGAUGCUCACUACACCUGGGCUAAUCUAAUAAUCUAAUACUUUAGACACUGCUUCAUUCCAUAUCUGACACACAUUUGACGUAUAAGCAGUGUGGAAAUAUUUAUUGGUUAAGGUUGUACAGAAUACGCAGAUUACGCAGCCAAUACUUCUCCUACCUUCUGCCUACUACUCUCCUGCCUGAAAGACCGUAGGUGGAUGCUCACUGGAGCUAGGCUAAUCUAAUACUUUACACACUGCUUCAUUCCACAUCUGACAAACAAUUGACGCAGAAGCAGCGUGUAAAUUAUUGACAAAAGAAUCGAGGCAACGUCAUGUGCGCAGAUCUUUAUAUGGCACCUUCUCUAGGUAUUCUUAAAGGUGCGUACGCACUAGAACUGAACUGCAGCUGCACUGCACGAGACUGCACUACGCGGCACAUCGCGUCAGAAUAUUAUUUCUAUCAUUUUGUAUGGAGCAUAUCGCACUUGCGGCGUUGCACAGCACUUCAGCGCCCGUUGCCGCGCGUCGCGGCUGGAGAGAAUAUGGGCAGUGGAACUGCGCGUCGCGGCAGCGCCCCGCACGAUAUUCUCUCCAGCGGCCAGUUCAGUUCGAGUGCGUGGGCACCUUAAGAAUCAAAAUAUGUAACUGCGCAAAUUUCCAAGCGACGAUUUGGCGCUGAGGCGAUGUUGAGGCUAAAUUCGCUUGAGGCCGUUUUGAUUCCAUCUAGACUUUAUAGUGAGCUAUAUAUUAAGCUUUAGACUAAGGCCUGGGCACACCUUGCACACAUCCGACCCAGCGCAGUUGACGUGACGUGUUGUAAGUAUGGCACGGGCCAGUGUAAUAUUAUGUACUGUAAAUAUGUAAUUAAUUCGUAGACUAUAAAAUAUUCCUAUUGAUUUCGUGAUAUUUUUUAUUAAAAAUGUAUGAAAAGAUAACAAUUAUUAUGAAUAUAAACGUAAUUGAAG